UUGUACUGAUUUCAGUUCUGUUGGCAGAUUCCAUGCAUUUUUGUCUGACAUAUUUAAUUAAUUUUAAGUUUGUAAACCCUUUAAUACAAAGCCAGCAACAUGAAUCACACAUUGAUGAUGUAUAUGGAGAUUGGCUGUUUUGUGGGUUGUCUUUAUGGCUGGAUCCUGAACUGUUCAACUUUGGCCACGGAAUACUGGAAUUUCUCCGAGGUGAGCGAAGAUGUUCUCACCACAAUUAAUUUUUUCUCCAACCUGUGGAUGGAUUGCGUCUCUGACACCACCGGUGCAUCAGAUUGCAAAUACUACGCCUCCAUGAUGGCUCUACCAGUUUUCUUGCAUGUGAGCCGAGCCCUGGCUGUUGUCUCUGUAAUCCUGGGUUUUUGGGGGGCUGUGCUCGCCUUGAUUGGAAUGAAGUGCACCAAGAUUGGGGGUUCUGAACUGGCCAAUGCUCGGGUAACAUUUGCUGCUGCCCUCACCUACAUGGCAUCAGGAUUCAGUGGCAUGAUAGUGUACUCUAUGUGGGGGCAUAAAACGCGGUCAGAAUUUGUGGAUUCAAACUACAUGGCACAGAAAUUUGAAAUAGGUGCAGCUGUGUUUGUAGGCUGGGGAGGGUCAUCCCUGAUCAUAGUUGGAAGUGCUGUUAUGUGUUACUUAUCUGGGAGACAGGGACUUCGCUCAAAUUCAAAUAAGAGCCAGCAUUGGUCAUAUGUUUAUAUGAGAAGUCCAUCCAGAGGCAGCUACAUGACAGCCCAAACCAGAGGGACCUACAGGAUUCCUGCUUCCUCCAAACACACCAGAGUCAUCAUGUCCCCUUUAUUCCAGUCAGGCAGGAACAACAAAGGAAGCAGGACACAAAACACACAGAGAAUUGACACCAACAGGACAGCCAGAGUCCCUGUGUCUCUGAAUAUGGAUUCAUAUGUCUGAUCAUAUAUGUCAGAAAAACAGUACAUUGGCAAAGCAUAAACUAGGUGGUUAAGAGGAUGACAUGGUUAUAAAAAUAUCCUGCCACUAGCAUAAAGAAUAAUCUGAUAUGUUCUUUUUCUGGAUAUAGUGGUACAAAUUCAAUUUUGUGUUUGUAAUUAAAAACAAACAAAAUACACUAUAUAGUGGGGUAGCCAGGAAUUUACUUUAAUGGGGGAUGAACAAAUAUGCUACAAAUACGUCACAAUUUGUAAAAUUAAAUGGAUAAAUCCAACUCAUAUAAUGGGGGAUAAAAUGUAUGUACAUCAUUGAUCCUCGUGUGUGUGUGUGUG